UUAGAGUGGCUUCGGUGCCAGGUACAGUUGUGCAGCUCCAAGCUCCGCCGAUUACCAUACCCUCAUCCACUCAGUUAGCUUGUAAGAGUCGAACCGGGCGGAGGGCAACGGUUUUUUUGGCCACCUAAGCCAAAAAUCAACACGCUUGCUCCGUGUCCAACGAACCGGAGACCGUGUAUCGGGCACCGGACCGGGAAUCGGAAUCGGAGGCGCAGUCAUGCCCAUCCACUGGGACUGGGACUGGGAGCACGACCACGAGCAUGGUCACCACCACUGGCAACCGCCGCGUCGCCACUGGUCCACCGGGGAGUCGAAGUGCCGCCAGAGGCACUACUACCUCUCCCACGACCUGGACGUUUGCGCGCGGGACUUCCAUCUGCGGAUGGACGACAGUGCCUGGUGCCAUGGAUCCUGUCUGGUGGGUCGAGUGGUGAUAGAGACCGGCACCGAACCGGACUCCCUGGGCCGGGGCACCUUCAAGGUGGUGCUGGACGUGCACCACUUCCAGAUCGCCGAGCUCACAGUGAAGGCCCGGAAUAGCGACACGGUGUGCGUGGAGGGCAAACAGGCGGAUGACCGGGCGGAGAAGGGUCAGCUGUGCAUCACACGCGAGUUCACGCGAUCCUACAAGCUACCACGGCACUACGAUGCCACCCAGGCACGGGCCACCUUCUCCGCGGACGGAAUACUGAUGAUUACGGUGCCAGCACCACCGAAACUGGACGACGUGGAGCGCCAGAUCGAGAUCGAGCCCACGGGCAACUACUUUGGCAGCGUGUCCGAUCCCACGGCCACCAAGGCCAUCGAGCAGGCGGAUGUGGACGACGAUGGUGGAGAGGCUAAUCCUGCUGGCACGGCGAUGGACAAAUGAAGGCGGCGACGUCUGGCGGUUGCGCAACGGUUCCGCUUCCUCAUCCCCAAGUGGAGGCGGAAACCCAAAUACGUUUAGGCCGCCAGAGGCAGUCGAUCGGCCGGAGGGCAGUUGGAGUAUUCCAGGCGGAGCGGCAGGCGGAGCACAUUCCAGUCACCUGGCACACACAUGCACGUUGGAGUUCUUCGCGAGAACCAAAGUAACUCGGUUUGUUCCUGGGUUCCAACAUAGAUGGCACGUAGUCCUUCGUUCGAAACGUGAGCAAAUAUGGCGAAGUCAACAGUUUGGUAGGAUUUUCUUAAGGUAGCUUCAAUAUUCGAUUUAAGAGUUGAUAUCCGCUUGUGAUUUUGUUUUCGCCAAUAAAGGACUUUAUCAGAAA